AUGCUGCCAUUUGUCUGUUCCGCCUCGCUGAGCUGUUCCUCGCAGUUUCCGGUGAGUUCGAUAUGCAAUACAAAUCCUCGCCAGGCUAUUGCGUGUCCUUGGUUCAUCUCUUAGUUGAAUUCGUCACAACUGCAUGGCUCGAGGCGAUUGAUAUCUGCUUAUUCCGCAAUGUAGGAAAUACAUGUAGUGUGAUAUUAGUUUUGCUUUGCCGUGCUGAUCUCUUUCACAUUGUCAGUGGAUUAGGAGACGACUCAUUGAUAAUGGUUAGACUCCAAAAAUGAUUUAAAUUCCUUCAACGAACUAUAAGUGGAGCACCACAUUUUUCUAAUUUUAGUGCUUCAUUUGAAAAUGGUAUAAGAGUAUCAAUUCACCAUUUUUUGGAUUCAAAAUUGGUACAGAUGUUCUUCCCUUAUUUCAACUCCUUAUAUCAUCGACUUGGGUGUGCUUGACAGGUGCCUCCAAGAUUUACUUAGUAUAUCAACUCCUUAUUUCAACUCCUUAUAUCAUCGACUUAGUAUUUCUAUCCUCCUAUCCUAAAAACGACAUUGAUGACAUGUUGGCUGCUUCCAAUGUAGGACGUUGAUAGAAAGCGGAAAAUUUGGAUUUGAGAGUCGUCUUAAUCUGAAAAAUUCCUGAUGAUAAUGAUGUGAUCCUGCCAUCUUGUAUUGUCUUAUUUUAAAUUCAAUAAUUUAUUUUUAUACAUUCACGUCUAAACUGUGCUCCUAUAGAUUUCUUUUCCUAUAGGUUCAAGAAAGAUCUCCUUAUUAUGGAGAGGUGAAGAGAAGAGCAUUGUGGAAGGCAGGGGCUUUCUCGGUACUCAAGAUGGGAUUCAUAAACAUGAAAUAUUCUUCAAACCGCAUGGUACUAGAUAUUCGCAUUUUCUUGUCAUGGAAUCACCUGAGUGUCCCAGUUCUACUGACUCUUCCAUCUUUUCUCCAUAUCCAAAUUAUUAUGAUGAUAUUGUACGUGGUUUUUCAAAUGAAAACUCCGACAGUCUACCUGACAAAUGGAGUUGUUCGACAAAAGAAAUAAGUACGCCAUAUUCCUUGGAUGCUGAUCUGAAUCGUACAGAAAGAGGUUUACAGCUUGAUUCAGUUGACUUUCUAUCCAGUAACGGUGGUAAUGUGACAGCUGAACGGGGGAGUGAAACCAUUACAGCAGAGCCGCUAAUUCCCCAAAAUGUAGAGGUUCUACCUGCAGCACCUCCAAGUGGAGAUGUGCUUCUAAACCUUGGAGACUCUUACAGUGAAACUUCAAAUGCGCUUUCUGAACCUGCAAUUUCGGGAUCUCUUUCAAUUUCUGACUCCACUGUGAAUAUUAUCCCAGAGAAUGCAGAUGCUGUUUCUAAAACGUUCGAGGUACACAAAGAUGACGUUUCCAACCUGAAGGAAAAUGUUGAGCAUCUGUUGGCUGGAAUUCGGGAUUCAACUACUGCUUCCUUAUCCAAUGCACAGAGUGCUGUUGAAAACAGAUAUGAUGCACUUGUUUCAUCAGUCAUGAAAACGGUUGAUAACCAAGCCCAUUCAAUCGAGAAUGCCAUAAGCAAUUUCCUUUCUGCUUUUGAUAAAUCCAAGGAACAGGCAGACAAUAAAUUGACUGUAAUAUCCAGCAAUAUGAGAGGAAACUUUUAUGAAGCUGGUGGUGUAGCUGCUGAAAUGUUAAGGAAAGCCAUCAUAUCAUUUGAAAGUUUCUUAUCAGAUGCGGGAACAUUUAUUGUUUAUUCAUACGAGUCAUCCAAGCCAUUCCUUCCACCAGAACUUCGGGACACCAUAAGUACAGCUGAAGGAAAACUUUUAAAAAUCUUGAUCCCCAUCGGCACUGCUUUGCAGAAGGUAUGCUGAUAGAUGUCAGAAUACAAUAAUUUUCCGUAGUUGUUUAUAAUGUUCAUGUCUUGGGCUUUAUGCUAAUCGCUUGUUAAUGCGUUUAAACAGGUUUACCUUGUGAUUGAAGGGCUGGAGAGAACUCUUGGCAUUGAUCCUAAUGAUCCACUAGUCCAAUUUACACUUAUCCUUGCUGGUUCAGCCACUUUUGGGUAAUUUGCUUACACUCUGUCUUCUGUGGAAUACUCGUCAGUUCAACACACGCAAACUCGUUCCCAUAGGGACCAUGUCUCAUUUUGUCUCAUUUUCAGGGUUUCUUACUGGCUUAUUUUGUAUGGUGGUUAUUCUGGAGACCUGUCCCCGGAAUUAACAUUCGAGCUACUAAGUAAAGAUGAAAAUGUUGUACUUGUUGAUAUCCGGCCUGAGGCAAGAGACUGUAAUUUCAUCUGCCUUUUUCUUUUGAUAACAUUUCCAUUAUAUGGCUCCUUGAUCAUGUGAUCAAUCUUCAGUUCCUGUAUGUUUCCUGUUUUCCUACAUUGUUUCUGGAAAUUUGCGUUUAUUUAUGAAGGAUGUGAGGGAGAGAGAUGGGGUUCCUGAUCUGCGGAGAAGAGCACGGUCUAAAUAUGCAAGUGUCAACCCUCCAGAGGUUGGUCGAUCCUUUAGUGUUUUUUUCUUUAAAACUACCUAAUAAUGGUACACAAACACUACAUUAUGGUGUUAUGAUGCUCUCUCUUUAUUUUUCUGUAUUUUUUUUCUUGUGGUGAAAUGAAUUCACGCAAACAUCUCCAUUGAUUCUGUUAUUUAGAAGACUUGACCAAUUAUAAUAGUUUAUCAUUGGUGAUUCAACCGUCAGAAGAGCUCCUUGUACUACGGUUCUGAAUAAACAGCAUGAUGGCCAUUGAACUCUUAGAAAUGCCUGAUACGUUAAAAUAUUCUCCUUCUCACCAAAUUGACUUUUUGACCAUGGAGGUUUAUCACAGGAAAAGGGUUCCUCCCUUUUUUAAAAAAAAUCAUUUUAUCUGAGAUUUAUUAUUUUCAAUUUUGAUGUGUUUCUCUGCUUUUAUGUUAUUUUAUUUUCGUCAGGUUGAUGGCUCGUUAAGGACGUUACUCAGGAGUGUGGGAGAAGUUAAUGAUGCUUUAACUGCAUUAAUCAUUCGCAACUUGAAGAUUGUGAAAGUGUGUGGUUCUGAUUUGCAAUAAAUCGUCUAAUUUACUUUUAGAUUCAUAACUUGAUACUAACGUUGAUUUCAUUUAUUUAUUUAUGUUUUAUUUGUAGGAUGGAUCAAAGGUGAUACUUUUGGAUGCCAGUGGCGAUCAGUCUAAAGGUAUAGCAAGAUCUCUAAGAAAACUUGGUGUCCAGGCAAGUGUGAUAUGCGCAUACUUUUGGGUCCAUAUAUACCACCUACUACUUAUGGUAUCAUAAUUCUUAGAUGUUAAUUAAACUUUCAUGUUUUGAUGGCAGAAACCUUAUUUGGUUCAAGGGGGCUUUCGUUCUUGGGUCAAAAGUGGCCUUCGUAUCAAGGAACUUAAACCUGAGACAGCGCUGGAUAUAAUAAAUGAGGUAUGCUUUUUUCGAUGACUUUCAAGUAAAGAAGUGGCUACCUGAGAUUCCACGUAUUAUCUGGGAUCUUAAUCUCACGAGAUAAAAUUAAAAACGGGGGAUAAAAGACACGGGUCUAAUUGCCAAUUUUCUCUUUGGUGUCAGAGUUGAUAUUCAUCCCCAUGAAUUGUGGACCUCAAUUCUAUUUAUCGACAUGGCUGAGCCAAAUAUUUUAUAUAAAUAUAUGGGCCCUGCCCCUCCAUGCGUCGAAAUCUUGUUCCUGACUGGGCAACUCUGAAAGAGUCUCUCGGAGUUCUUCCUUCUCACUUAAAAUGUUCAGCUGGACCAAUGAGAGAAGUCGUUGAUUUGACUUUUACAGUUUUGAAAGUCUUCUCUCAGAGAUUCUCUUCUCCUCACUAACUCUUCGCCAACAACUUGUUUUUGUUCCCUGGUAAAAAAAGGAUAUUCCUUCUUUGUUUUUGCCCGAAAAGAAAUAAUGCAGCGAGGCAUUCCCAUCAAGCUGUCUUCUUUACUUUCUUUCCAAAUCUAUCAUCUUUCGUUACCUCUUGGUCGUGUUACAUCUUCUGAUUGAAGUUUUAAUUCACAAUCAGGGUUAGAUUAGAACAUGAACUUUUCUGUUUUUCCUUCUUUCUUCCAGCAGCAAAGCUUCUUCCACCAUCAACCAAAUGGCGUCAGCUAGGAAUCCGUCGUCCCUGAGUGGGGUAGCCGUCCUUCCAACAAACAAUUGCUUUCAUGAUUGUAGCAUAACAUAAAAGGUGUCGGUGGAUAAGGACAAGAUAUAUAAACACACAAAAUAAAUACUUUGGGAAAAUAUAUUACAUUUAUAGAGGCACUAAUCUAAACCAAGUAUCAUUAGACUCACAACCGCAGUUAGCAGUGUUUUAGGUAAAGUGAAAGCACUAAUCUCAGGAUGACCCACUCACCGAUGCAUGUUAAUAUCAAACCAAGUAUAGAAUGGCUGGAUGAGAUUUCACGCAGUGUUGAGAUCUUGCAAGCUUUUCUUGAUUCCGUGAAUGAAAGAAAUCUCAUAAAAAUAUUCUAAAUCACGCGAUUUCAUCUUGGAUGUCCGUUUUUUAUGAUAUUUUCAUUUAUUGAGGAGAAAUGGUCCGGAAACGUUCCAGUCAAUGUAAUGUUCUGCCAAUAUUUCUGAUUGUCCGGUAGAACUCGGUCUUAUCACUUGUGCAUACUUGUUAUAGAAAAUGUAUCCAUGCUUGUAAUGAGGUGCUAACAAAUAACGCAUGCACAUGAGCGCAGGACGCUGCGGAAAUCAUUCAGGAGAUCAGACCAACUCCAGGAUCAGUCUUUGGCUAUGGUUUGGUGAGUUGAUUUCCCAGUCUUCUACUUGUUGUGUCAUCCAGUUUCCUUUCAUGUGUAAAAGAACGUACAGAGGGAUGGGGGAAUGGAGGAAACAGCUUUCUCACGUUCCCACUCCUUUUCCUUCAAGGUAACCGCGUGGGUUGACUAAUUCUAAGUGCUUUUCUACAGGGCGCUGCGGCGACUCUGUAUGCUCUUCUAGGUGAUUACUCUUUCCUGUGACUCGAAUCUUUGACCGCCUGCAUCCCCUUGAAUUCUAGUACAAAGUUACACUGCUCCAAAAUCUGGUGUCCAGUCAACGGUAUAUAGUUCUACAUUGGAGAAACAAAGUCAACAUGAAUACAUGCCCAAAAAUACUGACCUGCCUUUGAAUCAAUUAAUUGAAAAAAAGAUAUAACCCCAGGUGAAUUCACGUAUGCCCUUCGAAUAGUUGAGAGAAUUACACAGCUCCAAAAUCUGGUAUCCAGUCAACGGUACAUAGUUCUACAUUGGGGAAACAAAGUCAACGUGAAUACAUGCCCAAAAAUACUUACCUGCCUUUGCAUCAAUUCAUUGAGAAAAAGAUAGAACCCCGGGUAAAUUCACGUAUUACUGCAUAAAACCUGGCUCUUUUCCUGCAACUAGCCUAUUUAUUGAUCAAAUGUAUGAAGUCUUUUGAGGCUUAUCAAUAGCUACAUGAACCUAAUCUCCUGGAAAGAAAAAAGAAGAAAAGGGUAGCUUUCUACUUGUUUUCGAUGCCACCUCGCACAGGCCUGAUGACGAACUCGCAGAAUCUUAUUCUGAGAGAGUAGCAGCUCGCCUUCGACUAACCUCGUCUGAUUCUCCGCAGAAUGGGAGAAGACCUUGCAGCUCAUUGGGGUAAUCGGCCUCGGACAGGUACAGAACGCAUCUCAUCGAUUCGAAUCCUCCAGAUAAAUAUAUGUAUAUAUAUAUAUAUAUAAUAUUAAUGGUACUUUUUCUCUUGGUUGGGUAGUCCCUAUAUCGGAGGGUUUCAUCCUAUGAGAGCUCGGAGGACCUGAAGGCGGAUGUAAGGUAGUGAUCUCACUCUCUCCAAGCCUCUAGAAAGGUCUCUGGUUUUGACCUUGGGUCUGUUCCAGGCUGCUGCUGACCCCGGUCGCACUGGGGGCCCAGGUGCUCUCCCGGGCGGCCGGGAACUCGGAUCCGGCCAAGAUCGGGCUGCCGACGUCACCGUCGUCGACGGCUGUUCAAGAUCGCGUCUUGCAGGCCGCCGCGAAGCACGAGUCUCAGCCGACCGAGGCCGAAGAGGCGGCCCAGGUUCCCCCGGUCGAAUCCGCCAGCGCGGCGACCGACGGUCUGGAUCUCUCGGAGGCGUGA